CCGUUGUAGGAGUGCUGACAGCUCAAAUACAAGAAAUACCUCUUCUUCACGCUCCUCCAUCUCUCUAACACCUACUUCAAAAUCAAAGCAGUCAGAAUGGGACUUCACCUUGCCCGGUACUCCCAUCCCCACUGAAUUAUCUGCUCAGAGUGACUUUCCCAUUGUAAGAAACAUGAUCAUUCAGGACUUGUUUCACACAGAGAACUUACUUCCCCCAUCCUUUGUGGACAAAGUCAGGCAAGCUGCUGGGGUGGUAGUGGACGAAAUGGUGGAAAGUGUUGAGAACACACAGGAAGAUGGACAGGGUGCUUCUCAUCCUGACAACCUCCGAUCUGCUGUUAGGAAAUUGAGAAAAAUCAUUUCCACUGGGACCAUCCACAUUUUCAGUCAUGAAUUUGUGGAUAAAGUGAUAGCCCUUCAGGACAGCCACAGCACUCCACAGGUCUUAACAUUGGCAGCAGCCAGAAGUGCUUCAGACUCCAUUCUUUCAAGGCUGAAAUGGGGAAAGGAACAAUGUGCCAUAUCCAGGAAGCUCUCCUCUCAGCUUCUCCAGAUAUUUGCUGAAGAGACAGUGAAGGGCUUCCUAAAACAGUGGUUAGAUGAGUAUGAAAAUAUAAACAUUGAUGUUUCAGUCCAGAAUGAACCAAGCACCUCUACUUGCAUGGUCUUUCCUAUCCAGCUCAAUCAGAGCAAGCCAGAGGAUAGUGACACAAUGAAUCAGCUCACGAAGGUCAUGGUCAACAAAAUGAUGGAUGCCUUAUCAGUUGGCUCAAGUCAUCAAAUGAUCACCAAAGCCAAUGCCAAAUGUUCUUUUGAGUCCGGUACCAGCAUGGCCACCAGUGACAUUGUAGAAGGGAUGUUGGAUUUGGUAAGGGAUAGCACCAGCAGUACUGGAGAGCAGAUCCCCAUCUUCAAGUCCAAGAAAAGCAAGAAAACCAUGUUCAGCAAGAUAUGCUUUAACAUAAAGGGUUCCAAGAAAGUUAGAAAGGACCACUGUCCUCAAAAGUCUAUGGAGUACCAGCCUCAGAACACUUCCCCUACUGUGUACUUUACAGAGUCGAGGACAAAUUCUCAUGGCUCCUUUGCUCCAGAGGGAAAUGACAUCGCAUAUUCCUUCCCACCUGAAGAGAAGAGUCACAAACCCUCCCUUUUCACCAGAAUGUAUAGAGCCAUCACUAGAAGCUUCUCCAACCCAAGAUAAUUUUCCUCAUUAAAUGAGAUUGCAUUCAUUUGUUGUCAUAUGUUGACUGUUUUGCUAGCACAGACUGUAAUAUGUUCUGCGAUUCAUCCACAUGCAUUGAGGAGUAUACCACCUCAGUCACAGGCUACAUCAAUAAGUGGAUUGACAACGUCGUGCCCACAGUGACCGUAUGUACAUAUCCCCGACAGAAGCCAUGGAUUACAGGCAACAUCCACACCGCGCUAAAGGCUAGAGCUGCUUCUUUCAAGGAGCGGGACACUAAUCCAGA